AUGUCAAAUGUUUAUGAUGAUCUUUCAAAACGAGAUCCACUUUAUGAAGUUUGUUCAUGGAUUAGUUUUGGUAAUGAUGCUAAUUGGAAAUAUCAAGUAUUUGUAUUAGAUCCACCAGCACCAAUUGAAUGUCCAUUUACUGGUAUGUGGACAUUUAAACAAGUUGGACAACCAAAUUCAUUAAUUCAAACACGAAUUCGUGGUGGUGUAACACCUCGACCACGUGAUCAUGGUUGGUAUAUAACAUGUGAUCCUCAAUAUAUGGUAUCACAAUGGACAAUAUGUGGUGAUCAAACGAAAUCAAUGUUUGCUGAUCGUGAAUAUUGUCGACAAUUAGAUCCAUAUGGAACACCAAUUGGUGUUUAUGAACAACCUGAUUAUAUAUAUCAAUGUGCUGGAUAUUGGAGAGAAGAUUCUCGAUCAGUGAUGGUUACAUAUGAUCGUGAUGAUCCUUAUAAUAAUUAUAAAUGUUGGGUUUAUGAAAGACGAGAUUUAACAACAAUAACAUUAUCAAGAUCAGCUGGUUCAGCUUGUGGUUUUAAUCAAACAUCUGAAAGUUAUAAAUCUGAAGAUGGUGCUGAUCUUGCUAUAACACUUAUUGAAGCUGAAAGAAUUCAUGAUGAUUGUCCAAUUCGUUAUGAUGAUGGUAGAAAUGUAUUUAUUGAUUUAGAAGAAUUUCAUUUUUAUUAUGCCAAAUCAUCAAUAAUUAAUAUCAACAAAUAUUUUCUUAUCUUUUUUACAUUUAUUUUAUUCAUUUUCUUAAAUUGA